UGAAUGUCGCACGUCGUUUUAAAAUCCCACUGCUUUUCUGCUAGUGCUUGUUAAGCAUUAUGAAGUCUUUAGUGCUGUUUUUUAUCGGAAUCGCCCUUCCACUAUCGACCUGCCAAUUGUAUCAAUAUUACAAGAAACAACCGAGAAAGUGCUACACCUCAAAGGCGACCUGCGUGCCCAUCGAGUUCUGUCCCAAGAUUUUCGAGGCCCUUAAUCGGCACUCGAAAAGCCGGUACCACCAUCGACAGUCGGAACGACCCGUCGAGGUCACGUGCCGCGAGUGCAAGCAGUACGAAGGUCAGCUAAGUGUCUUCUGCGAACCGGGCCAUUCGACCGCCUUGAAGGACUGCGUCAUCGCUGCCUAUCCUAAUGUUACGGGACAGUGCAUUCCCGAGGAGUACUGCCGUCGUCCGGUGGCAAAGAUGCACCGGAAGUGGUCCGGUCAUGGCCAAACUUGCUUCGAGGAAGAUGCGAAAAAUUACUAUUGCUGUCCUCGUGAGUUACACUCCAAAAACUCCAUUCCAGACGGAUCAGUAGCAAAUGUCCAUUCCAGAUGUCGUGACUCGCGCCGACGACUAGGUCGUUGCGUUCCCGUUGGUCAGUGUGGCUUCUUGAACCAGAUCAGAAACAUCAGAACCAAGGAAUCUUUUAUUCGCCAGAACCUAUGCAAAUCAGAUGCCCUGACUGGGCAAGGACGCUCAAUCUGUUGCGCGGAUGCUCCGGCACAUACGAGCAACGGCCAACCGAACUGGAUAGAACACCCGAAAGCGGCCAGACUGGGCUUGCAAACCUGUGGAUCGGUGGCCAUGGAGGAUAACAUUUUCCGGGGUACAAAAGCCGCGAUCGGCCAGUAUCCGUGGAUGGUGAACCUGCUCUACUGGAAAUGGGGACAGUAUCACCUUAAAGGAGCUGGCACGUUGAUCCAUCCCCGGUACGUUCUGACAGCGGCGCAUGCAGUCAUUGGGAAUCUGAAAAAAGUCAGAUUGGGAGAAUAUGAUCUUGCUUCUACCCUCGACUGUGAUGACGGAGUUUGUGCCCAAUCAGCCAUAGACUAUCCAAUUCAUAAAAGAAUGAUCCACGAGCUCUUCCGCAAGACAUCGGACUACGAUAUCGCCCUGUUGGAGUUGUACCGGGAUGUCAAUCUCUUCCCGCAGCAAAUCUACCCAAUCUGUCUGCCUCUGACCAAGAGUCUGCUGAUGUUGCAGCCCCGCCAGAUGACCGUGACCGGUUGGGGUUGGUCGGACCGGAACACCAGCGUGCUUCUAGAGGCCGACAUGCAGGUCGUGGAUCGCGUUAAACGUGACUGCCCGGGUGAACCCACGUUCUGCGCCCGAGGCAAGAACUGGAGUGGCCACUGUCGGGGCGAUUCUGGAGGUCCGUACCAGACAAUUGUACCCAUCGAACCGGCUGGGCCCCGGUACGUGCAGUUUGGAAUUAUCUCGGCCGGAAGUGGACAAUGUACCGGAACGAAAAAGGCACCGGGAGUUGGCGUAUCGGUUGCGUAUCACAUUAGGUGGAUACUGGAUCAUAUGAAUAUUUAGAUAUUUAUAAAAAACUUUUUGAAAGUUAAAAUAUUACUUAAAAAACAUUCAAAACAAUUCUCUGAAGCCUUUUAUUUCAAAACGUCAUUAUGUCAUUUUGCUGUUUUUGCUUAAGGGGUUACAUAUGUGUAAAUCGGCAAAAAUGUCAGAGGUUGGUUUAAACACAAACUUAAACUUUUUUUAAAUCUAUUUUCAGGACAUUCAAAUAAACAUUUUCAACUAUUAACAAAAUAAAUUUGAAGACAUUUGGUUGUAUCAUUGCCGAGAUACAGCUAUAUGAAGUUAGCAUUUUCAAAAAAUGGGUGCCACGAUAUCUCAACACUGCAUUGACCAAAUCGGCUCAAAAUUUUGGUGAAGACUCGUUAAACCGGUCCUGUGUGCAUGACGAAGGCCGAUUUUCAAAAAGUUCAUUUUAAAAAAAGAUAAAAAUAUUUUAAUGUUUUUCAUAUAAAAAAUCGAAAGUUUCCGAUAUUUGUAUUUUUUUUAAUGCAUAAUUUCAAAAUAGGGCUUCGUCAUGCACACGGGAUAUGUCUUGCGAGUCUUCACUUCAAAUUCCAGCCAAUUUGGUCCGUCCCAUCUCGAGAUAUCGUGGCACCCGUAAAUCAACUCUGUGUUCAGAGAAAAACGCUCGCAAAGUUUGACAGUUCGCUUUGCGCAUGGCAAAAUUUUCAGCUUAAAUCGUCUGUAACUUACUUUAAUCAUAAAAUAUCUUUAUGAAACUUUUUUGGAGUGAUUAAAAAUCAUCUUUUAAGUUGAUUUAAUAAAUUUUCUGUAAUAUCAAAGUUUAUGAUUUUUUACAUGUAUGUAACCCCUUAAGUGAUUUUUAAGAAUUUAAUAAACAUAAAAUAAUAAAAUAAAAUAAACAUUGUGUACUUUUUUGUAACA